CGGAAAACAAACACUGUCCACCGGCUGGUGAAGACUGAGGAACUCUGGACGUUUUUUUGAAGGUUUUUAAAGGUUUUCCAGGUGAGUUACGGGUGUUUUAUUGAGCCUUUUAAACCUUUUUAUAUGUCUGUCUGAUAAACUUCAGCUCAAGGUUCGAGUUCUCUGACCGUCAGGUAGUUUAAACGUUCAUUUAUGAUCUCUGACAUCGGUAACACUUUACAAUAACCAUCAUAUAUAAAUGCUAAAUAGAUAGUUUAUUAAUGUAAGUUAAUUGUGACUUCACCAUUAAAAAGUAAUGAUGAAUAAUUUUCAUUAAUUAUUUAUGGACUUAGGGUUUAAAUAUUGGUUGUAAAAACUCUAGAUCAAAAUGUGUGUCAGCAGCACUUUGUAAAUGUUUCAUAUUUGGUUAUUAAAUCAUCUAUAAAGAUAACUGAGAUGGUUAUUGUGAAAUUAGGGUUAGGGUUUUUAAAAUUGUAAAAUUGAAGAUUUAUUAAUGGUCUAUAUGCUAUUUAACAACCAGGAUGAAGCUGAAAGUGAAUUCAUGUCAGAUUUAGAGGACAUUAAAAUCAGUUUGUCAGGAGAAAACAGGUGUUUUCACUCACAGGUGAGCUGGUUUAUUAAAGCUGCAGAGCGCUGUGAACAUAUUAAUAAUAAUAAUCCUGUUUUCUAUUUGUGUUUAAUGUUGAACUGCUGGAAUUUAUUUUUUACAUUUACAAGGCCUUGAAUAUUGUUUUUAAAUUCCAGGCUGUAAAUAUUCAAAUGUGAAGAACUGUUUAAAAAUAAUUCAAACAGCUGCUCCAGAGUUUUUUUUAAUCUGCAAACCUGAUACUAACACCGAUAAUUCAUUAUGAUUACUAAUAUUAUUAUUACUGUUAUUAUGAUUGUACUAUUAUGAUAAUAUUAAUAAUAAUAAAAUAGCAAUAAUAAUUACAACAAGAUAACUGAUAAUAAUAAUAAUAUCAAUGGAAAUAAUUAUUAUUUUUAUUAUUAUUAGUAGUAGUAAUGGUAGUAUAAUUAUCAUUAUUUUUGUUGUUACUCUUAUUAUUAUUAUUGUUGUUGUUUUUUUAUUGUCUUCAUAUAAUAAUAAUAAUAAUAAUAAUAAUAAUAAUAAUAAUAAUAAUAAUAAUAAUAAUAAUAAUCAAGAUUUUAUUUCCAGUUCACAGAUUCCUAAGCUCUGAGUUUUUUUAGGUUUAGGACAUUAAAUUUAAUGAUUGAUGUAAAGUUGAUUGAAGCAUCACCUGAUUCAUUAACGUCAUUAACACUGCUGUGAUAAUUAGGCCCAGGUGUGGUCUCUCUCUCUCUCUCUCUCUCUCUCUCUCUCUCUCUCUCUCUCUCUCUCUCUCUCUCUGUGUUUCAGGUAUUUUAGAAGGGAGAGAAAGAAGAAGAAGGAGAGAUGCCGAAGAGAGUGAAGAAAGGAGGAGGAGGAGGAGGGAAGACGGAGGGAGAGAGGCUCCUGUUCCUGCAGCAGAGAGCUCAGGCUGAGGAGGAGAUGGCCAAGAAGAAGGAGGAGAUCCUCACGCUCUAUCUGAAGGUAACCCUGAAUCAGACUGGACUCUGAACCACCGAGUGGACUUCAAAAGUCUGAUCUGUGUUUCCUCUGUGGACCAGGACAAGCUGCAGAAGGAGGAGAGGAACACGGCCAUGAACCUGAUGAAGAUCAACGACGGUUGGAGGUCCAUCCUCCGUCAGAGUCGAGCUGCAGAGCUGCGGAAAGACAUGGAGGUGUUGAUGCCGACGUUUGAGACGCAGCUGGACGCCAUGGACGACCUCAUCAAGGUCUGAGUCUUCUCCUCAACGUUCAAACUUAGAUCAUGAAGACCUGCAGGUUUACAGUUUCUGAGCGUGUCCCCCUCCCUGUGCAGAACCUGGUGACGGCCCUGCAGGAGGCGGAGCGACACUCGGCUCGGGUGCGGCGUGUUCACCUGCAGCACCUGGACCGUCUGCUGGUUCUGCAGCACAGACGUCUGGGGUUGGUGCAGCAGCAGUGGGAGGGCGGUCUGCAGCAGCUCAGCUCCAGGUUCAGCUCUGACAGGUGAGUCCGGGGAGACACGGCGCCCCCUGCUGGCUGCAGUGAGGAGUACAGAGCUGUGGUACAGGUUUUUUUUUCUGUCGCUAACAAGCGUAACCACGUCGUUUUCAGUGAACACGUCUCCUCAAUAUCUACAAGCCACAACAGAAGUUAACGACGCAAAAAAAAAGUGAGGAUGGGAAAAAAAAGAGUUACUGCUAAAUUAAAGGAUGCAAAUAAAAAAGAAAUAGUGCAGAUAAAACAAACAAACAAACAAAAAAAAGCAACAAAGGAAGUUCACCUUCCUAUGGACUCAGGCGCUACACGGUCUAAAAAAAACGACAAAUUAAAAGUUUACGAAGUGAAAUUAAAUAACCUUUUCACAAACUUCUUUUCUCGUCUUCUCGCCGUCGUCUUCUGUGUCUAGAUCGUAAAACAGCGGUGCAUCAUCAUUAUUGUUUUAUUUGCAUCCUUUUAUUUAUUUUUUUGCAACAUUGACUUCCAUUGUGUGUUUUUUUAUUUAUUUUAUUUUUUUUUAUCUGCACCAUUUCUUUUUUAUUUACAUCCUUUUAUUUUUUCUUUCUUUUUUGCAUCAUUAACUUCAAUUUUUUUUUAUUUUUUAUCUGCACCAUUUCUUUUUUAAUUUUCCCUUUUAUUUAUUUUUUUUAUUUUUUAUAUUUUAUCUGCACCAUUUCUUUUUUAUUUACAUCCUUUUAUUUAUUUUUUUAUUUUUUAUUUAUUUUUUUAUCUGCACCAUUUCUUUUUUAUUUACAUCCUUUUAUUUAUUUUUUUAUUUUUUAUUUAUUUUUUUAUCUGCACCAUCAUUUACAUCCUUUUAUUUAUUUAUUUAUUUUUUAUUUUUUUUUUUAUCUGCACCAUUUCUUUUUUAUUUACAUCCUUUUAUUUAUUUAUUUUAUUUUUUAUAUUUUAUCUGCACCAUUUCUUUUUUAUUUACAUCCUUUUAUUUUUUCUUUCUUUUUUGCAUCAUUAACUUCAAUUUUUUUUUUUUUUUAUCUGCACCAUUUCUUUUUUAUUUACAUCCUUUUAUUUAUUUUUUUUAUUUUUUAUAUUUUAUCAGCACUCUUUCUUUUUUUAUUUGCACCGUCUUCAGGAAGCAGAUCCUGGAACAGUCGGAGCAGCGGACAGCUCACCUGGAGGACGUGGAGUUCGCCAUGACGAUGGAGGAAGAAGACGUGACCAGAGAGAUCCAGACGCUGUUCGACGCCGUCAUCCAGUCCUACAAGGAGGCUUACCCCGACACAGUACCUCAGAGACACACUCUGUCCUCUCUCUGUCCUCCUUCUGUCCCCUCUCUGGUCUUUGUCCCUGAGUCCCCCUGUCUCUCUGUCUCUUUGCAGAAAGCGUCUCUGCAGGUAAACCAGAGGGAUGAGCUGAAGGAGGAGAGGAGGAGACUGGAGAAGACCAAGAGGGACUUUGAACAGUUGGAGAGUAAGGAGGACAGACUUCUGGACCAUCAAAGACACGUUCAGACUGUCCAGAAGAACAAGGAGGAGGUGAAGAAGACGCAGGUAUGAGGACGAAGAGCUGACAGCAGCAGUCUGAGACACAGUCCAGGUUUUUGGGUUUGACUGUUUUUAAUAAGACCGUGUCUCAUGAGUCCUCUGAUCUGGUCCGAUCAGGUCUGGUCUGGUUGGGCUCCUGUUUUUCAGAUGAGGUAGAGCGCCCCCUGCUGUUUCUUUAAACUCUGAUCCUCUGUCUCAGUUUUUUCUGGUUGGUUUUGGUUUCCUCUCUUAGGAGACCGUCGUCCAUCUGAAGAAGAAGCUGGUCUCCAACGAGGCCAAGAAACAGUCCAUGGAGCAGGAUCUGGUCGCACAGAGAAACCUGAGGGGCCCCAAGACGCACGAACUCCAGAACCAGCUGGUCCAGACUCGAGCCGCCGCCAGGAAGAAGCUCAGCGACCUCACCAUGCAGAGCGACGCCGCCACCAAGAAACUGAAGGCCGUUAUCGCCAAGGUGACCGAUCUCCAACUCUGAUUGGCUCUCAGGUGGUCUCCGGUCCUCCGCUCACUCUGGUUUCUCUUUGGUCCUGCAGGGCGAGAAGGUGGUCCGGGCGGGCGAGAUGUGUCAGAAGAUGGAGGAUAAAGUCCGACUGUUACUUCGUCCAGAGGAGCUCAGACAGGAACCUGGAGCGGACCCUCAGGAACCAGCUGAGGUAGGACCGGACUGGGGGGUCCCUCAGACUCCUUCUGAUCUUGAUGCUCCUGGGUCUGUCAGAACUUACUGAAGAAACGGGCGUGAAGAGAAGUUCAGGGUGGACCAUGAAACAGACUGAACACUGGUGGGAGGAGUCACCAGGACUUCCUGUUUCUGACCUCUGUGUGUCUCUCUGCAGAAACCCGAGCUGCUUCAUCUGACACGGCGCGUCGCCGCCGCCGCGCUGCAGCGAGAAGUUCUGAAGAGACACAAAGAGGACCUGAGCCGAGAGAACCAGCAGCUGAAGCUCCUCCUACGUCAGCACCUGGACGCCGAGACCAUCGGCGGGCAGCAGCUCACCAUAGACCCCGCCCCUCUCUCCGGCAGCCCGCUCACCACCAGAACCCACAUAACCGUUAUCGAGGGCGUCCACGCCAUGAAGCACGCGCUGAGGGACUGAGCCGACACGAGGACGUCCGACGUCGAGUCGAGUUUAGAGUGACGGUGAUUUUUGUACAAAUUCUGAAUAAAGAUGAAACUGAUGA